UCUGAGCUGCAUCUGCCAGAGCUUCUGGUCCUGCUCCGACUGCCCUCGUCCAAAGGGAAGAUGAAGGUCUCUGCAGCUGUUUUAGCUCUUCUCCUCAUUGCAGCCUCUUGCUCCCAAACUUUCUCUGGCCCAGCUGGAUCUGACCUCACAACCUGCUGCUCCAAAUACACAGGCCGCAAGCUCCCGCAGAAUCGCAUCCAGCGUUAUUACCUGACCAGCUCCAACUGCGCCCUGCCAGCUGUCAUGUUCAUCACAAAGAAAGGCAACUCGGUCUGUGCCAAUCCCAAUGAUGCCUGGGUUCUAAGUUACCUGCAAAAUUUGAAGCAGAACUGA